GUGGGAAACAAACGCAAGUUUUCUACACAAAAAAAUAUCAACUAGACAAAAUAAAAUAUCAAAAUCAAACUCAGGUUUUCUGUUUAACCGGUGCCGGUGAACAAGCUUUUCAUACUCUCCACCGUGCUACGUUUCAUUCUUCAAUUCACACGCACACGCACACGCACACACAGAGAGAUCAAAACGAUGGGGGAAGAGAAGCGGCACCAGAUGAUGCAGAAUCUCUUCGGCGACCAAUCAGAGGAAGAGGAAGAACUCGAUUCCGAACACGAAUCGAACCCCCAACUCGAUGAGGGGGAGGGAGGGGUGGGGCAGGAAGGUGAAGGAGAAGGUGAGGUGGAGGGUCAGGGAGAGGUGGAUGUAAUGGAGAGCGAAGGGGAGGAUGUUCGUGAUGGCGGUGACCCUGGAGAGAGUGAAGGUGAGAGGGAGCAGAGUUCGCAAGAGGUGGAGGUGGAGGAGGAGGAGGAAGAGGAGGAGGUUGGGAAUCAGAGGGAACAAGAGAGUGAGGGAAGGGAUACAGAUAGUGAUGCCAAAGAUGAUGACUAUAGUCAGCGAGUUGUUACGAGCAAGCGUAGGGAUGUGGUUGAAAGUGGAUCGGAGGAGAAUCAUUACCCUGAGAAUGAUGAUGAGGAAGUCGACGUAGUCGCUAGAAGCCACAGUGCGUCUCCCAGGGAUGACAAAGAUCAGACACAUGAUUUGCAUUCUGCCCCUGAAAUUCGUGAUGUAUUUGGUGAUUUUGAUGAUGAUGAAGAGGAGGAUAUGGGGUAUGCAGCUCAGAAAGACAUUGAACAAGAUUCAAAUAGAUAUCCUGUGGAGGAAGAAGGAAGUUAUGGAAAGAGCCUAAGACCAGAGGAUAUACUUGCUGAUGAAGAUCAUCGAUAUGAAUCAGAGGAAGAAAACACUGAGAUGAAAACCAAAGAGAGGCCACUUGGCCCCCCAUUGGAAUUAGAGAUUCCACUACAACCCCCUCCAGCUCUUCCAGAAAAGAUGAACAUGAUAAAAGUUUCCAAUAUUAUGGGCGUUGACCCAAAACCAUUUGAUCCCAAGACAUAUGUGGAAGAGGAUACCUUUGUUACUGAUGAAUCUGGAGCCAAGAAACGUAUUCGCUUGGAGAACAAUAUUGUGCGCUGGAGGGAUGUUAGAAAUCCUGACGGCACAAAAUCAGUUGAAAGCAAUGCUCGCUUUGUGAGGUGGUCUGAUGGAAGUGUGCAGUUAUUAAUUGGGAAUGAAGUUCUUGACAUAUCAGUGCAAGAUGCACAGCAUGAUCAAGCUCAUCUUUUCCUUAGACACGGAAAGGGAGUCCUCCAAUCACAAGGAAGACUAUUGAGGAAAAUGAGGUUUAUGCCAUCUUCCUUGACAUCAAAUUCUCAUCGGCUGUUGACUGCUCUUGUUGACUCAAGGCAUAAGAAGGUUUACAAGGUCAAAAACUGCAUUACUGACAUUGAUCCUGAGAGGGAAAAAGAGGAAAAAGAGAAGGCUGAAAGUCAAACAAUCAGGGCUAACGUAAUUCUUAACCGUAAGCGUGAAAAGUUGAGCCGGAAAUAUACUCCAGCAGUUGAGAGGAGACGUCAACUUUCUCCUGGAUUUUUGGAGGAUGCUUUGGAUGAGGAUGAUGAAGCAGAUUAUUAUGAUUCUCGUCCUUCACAACGCCGCUUUGAGGAAGAUUUGGAAGAGGAAGCCCGAGCAGAGAAACGAAUUAUGAAUGCUAAAAAGUCUCAGGUAUCCAAAGAUAUCCCUCGUAAGUCAUCCUUCCCACCAGCUAAAUCCUCCAGGCACCCAAUGAGUUAUCCAGAUGACGAGAGAGAGGAGUCUGAGUACGAAACUGAUGACGAGGAAGACGAGAGGCCUCUUCCCCAUAAGAGGGACGAGGAUACUGAGCCAGAGUAUGAGGAUGAGGACGAAGAACCCUAUGAAGAAAGGGCACAAGUUAAUGAUGCAUCAGAUGAGGAGGAAGAAGAGGAGCCAAAGCAAAAGAGUAAAGGCAGUGUCAAAAGGAAGGGAUUUGAAUCUGAUGAGGACUCUCCUCCAAGGAAAACAACAGCCCAUCGGCGUAUGGCAGUUGUAUAUGACAGUGAUGAUGAAUGAAUUUCCUUAGGCCAGAUUUUCAUAGAUGUUGCAACUGGAAUUGGAUAUGCCCAACAUUUGGAUACAUCAUAAGCUGAGAUGGAUCUUUUUGUCUUUUUCCCCUUGGUUUUUCUUAUAUAAGAUAAAACAUAAAUUGGUUCAUCCUUAUUCUUAACUAUGAGCCAGGCACACGGAUGUAGUUUUAUUCUGAGGUCAGAAUCUCUGUUGUUAACUUAACUGUCUUGCUAAUUGUGAUCAGAAGAUCAGUGUACAUAAGUUUGAUUUCUGUAUUUUCAAUUCGGAACAUUUACUA